AUGCCAAAACACGUCGUCUUCGACGUUGUAGGCACCCUAGUCUCCUACGACGCCUUCUUCGCCAACAUCGACAAAGUACUCGGCCCCCGCCUCCUCUCCGCCUCCAUAACCCCCAAACUCUUCGGCUUCGCCUGGCUCGAAAGCUCCGAAAGGGNNGAAUUCACCUACCUCUCCAUUUCCUCGCGCUACAAACCCUACAAACAAGUCUUUAGCUCCAUGUUUUACCGUAUCUUGUGGAUGAGUGGAAUCUCCGAUCCGAGAAGUUUUGCUACUGAUGAAGAGAGAGAUGAGAUGGUGGCUUCGUAUUCGACAUUGGUACUAAGACCUGGUGUGCAAGAAACGUUUGCACUGUUGAGGACAGCGGGGUUUGAGGUUUGGGCGUUGAGUACAGGGGAUGAAGAAAGAGUGUUGGGAUACUUCAAAAACGCUGGAGUCGACUUCCCAAAAACCAAUUUUAGGUCUUGUGAUGCGAAGGGGGUUGCGAAACCGGCGCUUGAUGCUUAUAGACCAUUGUACGAAAGCUUUGGAGAGGAGGAGAAGUGGUUUGCUGCGGCGCAUUAUUGGGAUGUUAGUGCUGCUAAGAUUGUUGGGUGGGUUUUUUUCUUCUUUCUUGGACGAAAACAUGGUGCUGACAAGUUGAACAGGUUCAAGGGUGCUUAUUGCUCGAUCUUCGAAAAGGAGGAUUGCAAGGAGUUGUUUGAUGUUGAGAUGGAUGUUAUGGCUGAUACGCUACCAAAAAUGGCCCAAAAGAUCAUUGAAGCUUCAAAGUGA